GCAGUCAGUCCUGAAAUGGCCCUGGGUUGUGUGAUUUUCUGUCUGUUUGCAGGGUUUAGUUUAGCACUGGAAAAUAAGCAAGUCUUGACUGUGCCUCAAAGAUGUGAGGAGGAUACCAACACUUUUCUCUGGGAAAUUAACCAGGAGGCACCAAAGGAAUAUGCUGUUCUCAUGUAUGAUGCAUUUGGAAAGAUGGGUAGCAAUGUUGAAGGAGGUAACGUCAACCAGCCUGGCUCGCUGCAGCAGUGUCACUCUGCCCACAGCCCCACCUUCUCUGGACAGUACUGCCAGGUGUUCCUUCGGCAGGAAUCAGUCCAGUACUUUGUGGGUAUUUGUGUUCCUGACUCCUGCAGGGAAGAGGAUGUGGAAACGCUGGUGCUGUACGGGAGACUUCAAUUUGGUCAGACUUCCCUCAUUCCUCCUUUACCUUCCAUCCUGGUCAAUCAAUCCACGCAGGAGAUGAUCAUGACCCACUGUUUGUCCAGAGCCAUUGCCCCAGAUGCAUCAGAUGUCAUCUGUCUGUUUGUGUGUUGCUUAAUGAUAGCAAUUCCUCUUGCGGCUACCUUGUUCACCACCAUAAUAAGGUGGCAUAGGAACAGGGAGGUCAGUCCAUCUGUGGAGUCUUCCUGUUUAAACACUGGCCUCAAUCUUUAUGGGACCCUGAAGACCAACGGCUCCUCUAGCAGCGAAAUGAAAAGUAGCACCAGCGAGGAAAAUGAUAGCACCAGCCACACACCGCUGUGUUUUCCUCGAAGCUGUGUGAAUCGGUGCCUGCAGGCAUUUUCUCUACAUAAUACAAGCCAAGGUGUCUUGACCACCUUCUCAGGAGGAGGUUACUCCUCCCUGAAUGGCAUCCGCUCUCUCAGCCUGUUAUGGAUCAUAUGUGGCCACUCUACACAGUUCUCUGUAAUAAAUAACUUGGAUAACUACAAAGACUGGAAGAAAACAGUAGAAAGAAGCCCUCUUUAUGUGUUUGCCAUCAGUGGACCUGUUUUUCUGGCCGUAGACACCUUUUUACUGCUAGGGGGACUGCUCAGUGCCAAGACUCUGAUGAGCUCCAUCACCAGGGCUGAGGACAAACUGAGCGCCUGUUUGGUGGCCAGCUAUAUCUUCAAGAGGAUUAAAAGGGUUCAGCCACUGCAUCUGUUCAUAAUGUGUCUAACCAUUGGCCUCAUCUCUUUGAUCAAGUGGGGACCCUACUGGUUCCCACUUAUAGAGACAAUGAUGGAUUGUAAGACGUACUGGUGGGCUAACAUACUACUGAUUAAUAAUCUCCUCCCAGUCCAUGAGAUAUGCAUUCCUUGGACAUGGUACUUGUCUCUUGACUUCCAGUGUUAUGCCACCACUCCUCUGUUGCUCUAUUUUUACAGAUUGAACAGAGGUGUGUUUGCAGCGGUGGCAGGAGGCCUGCUGCUGAUGACUACUGUCGCUGGUGUUGUUAUAACUGCACUCAUGCAGCUGCCAGUCUUUGAGCCAUCUACAAUGACAUCUUAUAAUUAUGUUUUACAGUACUAUCUGAAACCUUAUACAAGAUAUGGGCCAUUUUUAAUUGGGAUCUUGACUGGAAUACACUUGAUGACAAAGAAAGAUCAGCUCUUAAAGCGAAAGUGGCAGGCAGCACUUGGUUGGUUGUGCUGUCUUUUACUCAUGGCUGUGUUGGUUGGAUUGGCCUACGUCCUCAGGGAGACUCCAUCCUAUCCAUCUGUGCCACAUGCCCUCUAUCAAGGACUGCACAGACCACUCUGGGCUCUAUCUGUGACCUGGAUCAUACUCGCCUGUGAGGAGGGUUACGGAGGUUUUAUUAAGAGCUUCCUGUCAUGGGGUCUCUGGGUUCCACUCUCCAAGAUUAGUUUUGCAUGCUAUCUGUCACAUCCUGUCUUCAUCAUCCUCUACAUUGGCUUGCAAGAGACCCCAAUCCACUACACAGACUUAAACUUCAUGUACCUUUUCCUUGGCCACCUGGUACUGACGCUGGUGGUGAGCUACGUGCUGACUGUGCUGGUUGAGAAGCCCUACCUCCUUCUAAAAUGCGGCCGUACAUAGAUGGAAGUCAGAACACAACAGAAAACCUACCAUCUCUAUAUUGUUUGUUUGUGCCUUGUAAGCUCUGCCAGUGUCAUUAUUUAAAUCUGCUUUUACAGACAAUAAACCUAUUUGUUUCUUUAAAAGAUGUUCAGCAGUUCACAGAUGUUUGAUAUAGAAAAAACGUCAACUUUCAUCAACAUACAGUUAUAAUGGUUAAAAUAUACUGAAAAUAUAUUUGAAUUUUCAAUCAAACAAAUCCAGAACAAAUAACACUAACCAAUUAGGAAUGAAGAGUCGUAGGGAAAAAGGUCCAUAUUUGGUGAAACUGAAUCUGUUUCAGAUUAGUGGUUUCGAAGAUAUAGCAAUUUGUCAUCUGCAUAUAAAGAUAUUGUGUGUUGUCUUAGAUAUACUAGGCCCUCACCACUGAAUUACUGCUGAUGGAGAAACUGGUUUGUUUUAUAUGUUCCACAUACAGUACUGUAUAAAAUCUGGUAGCACUACUGUUAUGAGAAAAGCUUUGAAUGUACCUGAAGUAUGUGGAUUCAUCACUAUCAACGACCCCUUAAAUAAACGUGAGCUAAUGGUAAAAAUUCAA